CAGACUAUUUCAAUAUGUCAACGACCGGCACUGAAAAACAUUGCAGACUGUGUCUCAUGCUUAGUAAAGGAGGGACAAAAGCAUGUCAAUAUUUUCUAUUAAAGCGUGUGAAAGAAAUGCCAAGGGACUCCAAACAAAACGAAUGGACACUUGCAUCAUUUUUGAACAGUAAAAAGCAAAUUAUAAUUAAGUCAAAGCUUUCAAAGAAGAAGUAUAAAGUCCUCUUUCCAAACACCGGUGAUACAGUGCUUUCUAACUGGGAUUUAUCACUUCCCUGCCAAGUCCUUAUUUCAUACUGUGGUUUGGAUGAAUUUGACCGAUUGGAUAUAGAAAAUUUGCGAAAAAUACGGAAUGGUCUCUGUCACAUGAACGACGCGGAAAUCACAAAUUUGGAGUUUGAAAGCAAAUUUAAAGUGGUCCAAGUGUUCGUUGGUAGAAUUUUGGAGAAACUCGAUGACAACGAUUUGAAGCUAGAGGUUGAUACAAUCAUCAAAGAAUUAGAAAGUGGAUCUCUUUCGCUUAACGACACGCUUGACGAAAUGCGUAAGUUUUAUUUGAUGGAAAUGGACAUCCAUGAAAAGUUAGACCAUGUUGAGGAAAAAGUUUUAGAAACGCAUGAGAAACUUGACCAUGAUACGUAA